AUGAAUCAAACUGAUGGUGUUCAUAAAUGUGGGAGUCUUAACAACAGUCUUCCUCGAGGCUUACCCUGGUCCUCUCUCUCUUUCUCCUCCACAGCUCUGAGAGACGAGAGGUACCAGUUGGUCACGUUCACGUCUCGGCUCCUGCGCAUCAGCGUGGCCAACGUGAGCGUGUCGGACGAAGGCGGGUUUUACUGCCAGCUCUACACGGACUCCACGCACCACCAGGCCGCGGCGCUCACGGUGCUGGUGCCUCCGGACACGCCCGCGGUGGAGGUGAAGCAGGACGCCGUGGAGGGCGGAGAGUCCGAGCUAACCUGCGUGUCGCCCAGGAGCAAGCCGGCCGCCACGCUCAAGUGGAUGCGCAACGGACGAGAGAUACCAGAGGUCGCUUUGAAUGUGGUGGAGGGAUACCAGGUGAAAGAGGUCGCUUUGAAUGUGGUGGAGGGAUACCAGGUGAAAGAGGUCGCUUUGAAUGUGGUGGAGGGAUACCAGGUGAAAGAGGUCGCUUUGAAUGUGGUGGAGGGAUACCAGGUGAAAGAGGUCGCUGUGAAUGUGGUGGAGAGAUACCAGGUGAAAGAGGUCGCUUUGAAUGUGGUGGAGGGAUACCAGGUGAAAGAGGUCGCUUUGAAUGUGGUGGAGGGAUACCAGGUGAAAGAGGUCGCUUUGAAUGUGGUGGAGGGAUACCAGGUGAAAGAGGUCGCUGUGAAUGUGGUGGAGAGAUACCAGGUGAAAGAGGUCGCUUUGAAUGUGGUGGAGAGAUACCAGGUGAAAGAGGUCGCUUUGAAUGUGGUGGAGAGAUACCAGGUGAAAGAGGUCGCUUUGAAUGUGGUGGAGAGAUACCAGGUGAAAGAGGUCGCUUUGAAUGUGGUGGGGAGAUACCAGGUGAAAGAGGUCGCUUUGAAUGUGGUGGAGGGAUACCAGGUGAAAGAGGUCGCUUUGAAUGUGGUGGAGGGAUACCAGGUGAAAGAGGUCGCUUUGAAUGUGGUGGAGGGAUACCAGGUGAAAGAGGUCGCUUUGAAUGUGGUGGAGGGAUACCAGGUGAAAGAGGUCGCUUUGAAUGUGGUGGAGGGAUACCAGGUGAAAGAGGUCGCUUUGAAUGUGGUGGAGGGAUACCAGGUGAAAGAGGUCGCUGUGAAUGUGGUGGAGAGAUACCAGGUGAAAGAGGUCGCUUUGAAUGUGGUGGAGAGAUACCAGGUGAAAGAGGUCGCUUUGAAUGUGGUGGAGGGAUACCAGGUGAAAGAGGUCGCUUUGAAUGUGGUGGAGGGAUACCAGGUGAAAGAGGUCGCUUUGAAUGUGGUGGAGGGAUACCAGGUGAAAGAGGUCGCUUUGAAUGUGGUGGAGGGAUACCAGGUGAAAGAGGUCGCUGUGAAUGUGGUGGAGAGAUACCAGGUGAAAGAGGUCGCUUUGAAUGUGGUGGAGAGAUACCAGGUGAAAGAGGUCGCUUUGAAUGUGGUGGGGAGAUACCAGGUGAAAGAGGUCGCUUUGAAUGUGGUGGAGGGAUACCAGGUGAAAGAGGUCGCUUUGAAUGUGGUGGAGGGAUACCAGGUGAAAGAGGUCGCUUUGAAUGUGGUGGAGGGAUACCAGGUGAAAGAGGUCGCUGUGAAUGUGGUGGAGAGAUACCAGGUGAAAGAGGUCGCUUUGAAUGUGGUGGAGGGAUACCAGGUGAAAGAGGUCACUGUGAAUGUGGUGGAUGGAUACCAGGUGAAAGAGGUCGCUGUGAAUGUGGUGGAGAGAUACCAGGUGAAAGAGGUCGCUGUGAAUGUAGUGGAGAGAUACCAGGUGAAAGAGGUCGCUGUGAAUGUAGUGGAGAGAUACCAGGUGAAAGAGGUCGCUUUGAAUGUAGUGGAGAGAUACCAGGUGAAAGAGGUCGCUGUGAAUGUGGUGGAGAGAUACCAGGUGAAAGAGGUCGCUUUGAAUGUGGUCGUGGGGAGAUACCAGGUGAAAGAGGUCGCUGUGAAUGUAGUGGAGAGAUACCAGGUGAAAGAGGUCGCUGUGAAUGUAGUGGAGAGAUACCAGGUGAAAGAGGUCGCUGUGAAUGUAGUGGAGAGAUACCAGGUGAAAGAGGUCGCUGUGAAUGUAGUGGGGAGAUACCAGGUGAAAGAGGUCGCUGUGAAUGUAGUGGAGAGAUACCAGGUGAAAGAGGUCGCUUUGAAUGUAGUGGAGAGAUACCAGGUGAAAGAGGUCGCUGUGAAUGUAGUGGAGAGAUACCAGGUGAAAGAGGUCGCUGUGAAUGUAGUGGAGAGAUACCAGGUGAAAGAGGUCGCUGUGAAUGUAGUGGAGAGAUACCAGGUGAAAGAGGUCGCUGUGAAUGUAGUGGGGAGAUACCAGGUGAAAGAGGUCGCUGUGAAUGUAGUGGAGAGAUACCAGGUGAAAGAGGUCGCUUUGAAUGUGGUCGUGGGGAGAUACCAGGUGAAAGAGGUCGCUGUGAAUGUAGUGGAGAGAUACCAGGUGAAAGAGGUCGCUGUGAAUGUAGUGGAGAGAUACCAGGUGAAAGAGGUCGCUGUGAAUGUAGUGGAGAGAUACCAGGUGAAAGAGGUCGCUUUGAAUGUGGUCGUGGGGAGAUACCAGGCUGCGGCGCUCACGGUGCUGGUGCCUCCGGACACGCCCGUGGUGGAGGUGAAGCAGGAUGCCGUGGAGGGCGGGGAGAUACAUACCCCAGCUUUAAGACAGUAUGUCAUUUUCUAA